ACGAAGGUCUACAGGCGUGGCUUCCAAGAGCCUCAACACAGGCCACAGAUCUUUGGGGCUGCUAAUUCAAAAAUGGAGGAUGAGUGCCUCAUUCAUUAAUUAAUAAUGCAGCUUUCUGUCUUCCUGUGUGUCACAAGCUGGAAAGGCAGUGAUCGGCCAAUAAAGAUGUAGGGGAAAGAAGUCAAAGGCUCCUCCCAACAGCUCUUCCUCAUUGAGAGCUGAAGUAAUAGAUCAAAAACUUCCGAAGAUCAGGAGGCAAAGAAAAGAACACGAAAGGGUCAAGGAAGAUUUAAAAGAAAAGAAAAGAAACGCGCGGAGCCUAAUUAAAUACUCGCCGGGCGUUGGAAAGAACACGCGCGUUACAAAUCAGAAACGGGACCCAGGCGAUGCCGCUGUUACACCGAAAGCCUUUCGUGAGGGAGAAACCCCCCGCGGACCUGCGACCCGACGAAUAUGUCUUCCACUGCAGGGUCACCAACGAGAUCUUCAGGGACUAUGAUGACUUCUUUGAACGGACCAUUCUGUGUAAUAGCCUUGUCUGGAGCUGUGCUGUCACAGGUAAACCUGGACUCACCUAUCAAGAAGCACUAGAAUCAGAAAAGAAAGCCAGACAAAAUCUCCAAAACUUUCCAGAGCCACUUAUUGUUCCAGUCCUAUACUUAGUUACCCGCACACAGCGCUCACGACUUCAUGAAGUUUGUGAUGACAUCUUUGCUUAUGUUAAGGACCGUUAUUUUGUUGGUGAAAUUGUUGAAGUACUUAGGAAUAAUGGUGAAAGAUUGCACUGUAAGAUUUUAGAAGUUAAAGCACCAUUACAUCAUAAUGGAAUAGCCAAUGGUCAUGUCAACACUGCAGAUGCAGUCACCAUUGUCAUUAGCGAUAGUGAUGAUUCAGAUGUGGAUUUCGUUUCUGCACAAAAUGGGAAAGAGAAAGCCAUGAUUGAUCCCUCUUUGUUCAAAUAUAAACUGAAGCCUAUAAAGAAACAACUUUAUGAAUCUGUUACAGUGAAAGCAUCUCAGAUAUGCCGGAGGAAGCAUCUCUUUUCUCGCAACAGACUUAAGCUUUUUUUGAAACAACAUUGUGAAUCACGUGAUGGAAUUAUUAAAAUCAAGGUAACAUCAGUUGCAAAAUACAAGAUAGCAGAACAGAGUUUUUCUUACUUCUUUCCUGAUGAUCCACCCAUAUUUGCCCUUAGUUCAUCAAUCAGACAGCAAAAGAGGCCUUCCAAGAUAGUAUCUAAUGAUGUGGACAAAGCUGCAGAACAACUUAGUCCUAGUUGUGCAGCAAAAGAAAGAGCAAGACUCCAAAAAGAGAAAGAAGAAAUGAGGGCCAUGGUUCUGUCCACUCUUCAUAAAGAAAAAUUAAAAAGGGAGAAGGCGAAUGCUGUGGAAUCCAAGAAAAGAGAAAAAGAAGAUAAAGAAAAAAGGAAGGAAGAAUUAAAGAAAAUUGUUGAAGAAGAGAGGCUGAAGAAGAAAGAGGAGAGGGAACGACUCAAAAUAGAAAAAGAAAAGGAAAGAGAAAAGUUGCGUGAGGAAAAACGGAAGUAUCUGGAACAUCUAAAACAAUGGAGUAAGCGUAGAGAAGAUAUGGAGUGUGAUGAUCUUAAGGAACUUCCAGUUCCAACUCCAGUGAAAACUAGACUACCUCCUGAGAUCUUUGGUGAUGCAGUCAUGGUCUUGGAGUUCCUACAUGCCUUUGGGGAACUCUUUGAUCUUCAAGAUGAAUUUCCUGAUGGAAUGACUUUAGAGGUUUUAGAGGAAGCUCUUGUAGGAAAUGAUAGUGAAGGCCCACUAUGUGAACUGCUGUUUUUUUUCCUGACUGCCAUUUUUCAAGCUAUGGCUGAAGAAGAAGAAGAAGUGGCCAAAGAUCAAAUAGCGAAUGCUGAAACCAAAGAUUUAACAGAGGCUUUGGAUGAAGAUGCAGACCCCACAAAAUCUGCUCUAUCUGCAGUUGCAACUUUGGCAGCUGCCUGGCCCCAGUUACAUCAGGGUUGCAAUUUGAAAAACUUGGAUCUUGAUAGCUGCACACUUUCUGAGAUUCUUAGACUUCAUAUCCUAGCAUCAGGUGCAGAUGUAACAUCAGCCAAUGCAAAAUAUCGUUACCAGAAGCGAGGAGGGUUUGAUGCUACAGAUGAUGCUUGCAUGGAGCUCAGACUGAGUUAUCCUGGGCUGUUGAAGAAACUCUCAUAUACCUCGGUCUAUGAUUUAUCACCAGGAGAGAAGAUGAAGAUACUUCAUGCCCUCUGUGGGAAACUUCUGACUCUUGUUUCUACUCGAGACUUCAUUGAGGACUCUGUUGAUGUAUUGCGACAGGCAAAACAGGAAUUCAGAGAGUUAAAAGCAGAACAACAUCGUAAAGAAAGAGAAGCUGCAGCAGCAAGAAUCCGCAAGAGGAAAGAAGAACGAUUAAAAGAGCAAGAACAAAAGAUGAAAGAGAAACAGGAGAAACUGAAAGAACAACAGAAAAAUCCUUCUGUAGAUUUGUCUAUUGGGGAAGAAGAAGAAGAAGAGCUUGAUACAAGUACAGAGAGCAAAGAAGCUGAAACAAAGGAACAAGAUCUAGAGGGUAUAACAGAUGAUGAAGAUGAUGUAGUACUGAACAAAAAGAAAAGAGGAGGAAGAAGAGGACAGAAUGGCUUUAAAGAUCUGGCAAAGCAAGUAGAAACUACUGGUGAAAAGUGUGAGCCAUUCUCUCCAGAAGAGGAAGAAGCUUUAAAACAGGAGCAGCAAAUUAAAGAAAGGGAACUUACAGAAAAAAUUCAAAAAGCCACAGCCUGUACAAAUAUCUCCCCUUUAGGCCGUGACCGUCUCUACCGACGAUACUGGAUUUUCCUAUCUGUUCCAGGAUUAUUCGUCGAAGAAGACUAUUCUGGUCUAACAGAAGAUAUGUUGAUACCUCGGCCAUCAUCAUUCCAAAAUAAUGUACAAGUUUGUACUGCAGAUAAAUCUCAAACAGUCACUAAAACUGGAGAAUCUUUAAAGACAGAAUCUACCUCUAAUGUUCACCAAGGUCAGGUGCCACAACCAGUACAUAAACCAAAUCGCUGGUGUUUUUACAGUUCUCGGGAACAACUGGAACAACUUCUAGUAGCUCUAAAUUCUCGAGGAUACAGAGAAAGUGCCUUAAAGGAAAUGCUUUUGCAGGAAAAAAACAGAAUAUAUGAAAAACUGAACAGUUUUCCUGUGGAAAAAUUCCAUAUUUCAGAGAAAGCUCAGAAUGACAUCAAGCCACAUCUAGGGCGAGGAAGAACACAGAAUAUCCAUGAUGCAUCUCUAAUGUCUGCAGAAAAACAACUCGAAUUAAGGCUCAGGGACUUUCUCUUGGAUAUUGAAGACAGAAUCUUCCAAGGAACUCUGGGCUCCAUUAAGGUAACAGACCGGCAAAGUUGGAGGUUUGCCUUGGAAAAUGGGCAGUAUGAGCUCCUAAAUGAAGAGAACAAAGAAAAUGGUAUUGUUAAAGCUGUGACUGGAGAUGUUGAAGAGAUGGAAAUAGAUGAUCAGCCGAAAGCACUUGCAAAAGACAGAUUGAUUGGAUUAAAACCUGAACCUAGAAGCACUGCUUCAACUAAUACAAGUACUCCACAGCCUGUGAAUAAUGCAGUCCAUUACUUGGCCUUGGCACUGCUUCAGAUAGAACAAGGCAUUGAACGCAAAUUCCUCAAAUCCCCACUUGGUGAUGUAGAAGAACAUAAGAGAGACCAGAAAGGGGAUAAAAGAAGGAAGAGAGAAGAUCAGUCUAGUCAGAAUUAUGAUGGCAGUGAUGGUGGUCGUUCACAUAAAACAGUCUUGGACCGCUGGAGAGAAUCACUACUUUCUUCAGCUAGCUUGUCCCAAAUCUUUCUUCACCUCUCAACACUGGAGCGAAGUGUAAUCUGGUCUAAAUCCAUCUUAAAUGCUCGUUGUAAAAUGUGCAGAAAGAAAGGAGAUGCUGAAAGCAUGGUGCUAUGUGACAGCUGUGAUCGGGGCUAUCAUAUCCACUGUAUAAGGCCAAAGCUCAAGGCAGUCCCUGAUGGAGACUGGUUUUGUCCAGAAUGUCGACCAAAACAGCGUUCUAGGCGUCUCUCAUCCCGCCAAAGACCUUCUAUGGAAAGUGAUGAAGAGAUUGAAGACCAAGUUGAAGAGGAGGACGAUGAAACCACAUAUGGACAGAGCGAAGAGGAAGAUUACGAAGAGGAAGAUUACAAUUACAACUCUGAUUCUCAGGAAGAGGAAGAAAAAAGCUUAUCCAAAUCAGGAAAACCUCAGGUAAAACUUUCCUUAAGACCAAGAGCUGCAAAACUUACCACUACUAUUUCAAGUCAAAGCUUCCAGCGACAAAGUUCCAGAAGGUAUAACUCCCGGAGUCAGCACAACACACCUAAACCAGAUGGAUCUUCAUUUAAAGCUACCGGAAGAAUCAUAAGGAAAAUAAAGUCUGCUCCUCCAUCGGUAGCAAAAUCAUCAAGACCUAAUAGCCAUACUACUCGUCACAAUCGAGGCAUGUUACAAAGAGAUGAGUUUAUAGAGCUAACCAGUCCACGUAGACAACUCAGAAGGAGGAAGACAGCAGAUAAUACCCCAGCAAGUAGCCCUUCCAGCUCUUUUGGCUUUAGAAUUGUUAAUGCUUUGAACACAAGGAAACAGAAAAGCCCUCCAAUUUCUGUAGUAAAAAGUUAUCCUCAGGAUACAGAGUCCAAAAAGAGGGGCAGAAAACGUCAAACUACAGAAUCAUCUGAAAUGCCAUUGAAUAGGAGGAGUUCAGGACGUCAAAGUGGAGUUCAUGAACUAUCUGCUUUUGAGCAACUUGUGGUAGAAUUAGUGCGCCAUGAUGACAGCUGGCCUUUUAUGAAGCUAGUGUCCAAAAUUCAGGUACCUGACUAUUAUGAUAUCAUCAAAAAACCUAUUGCCUUAAAUAUAAUCCGUGAGAAAGUGAACAAGUGUGAAUACAAACUAGCCUCUGAAUUUAUUGAAGACAUUGAACUGAUGUUUUCAAACUGUUUCGAAUAUAAUCCACGCAAUACAAAUGAAGCAAAGGCUGGAACAAGACUUCAGGCAUUUUUUCAUAUUCAGGCUCAAAAACUGGGACUUCCAGUAGCAUCUGGCUACAUGGACCACGCUGCCCCAACAACCAAAAAAUCCCGGAUCUGAUUUCUUCCUUCUAAAAAACUUUAACUAGAGUAAUCUGUUUUUCAUGGAAAAUGAAACACUUAAAUCAUGCAGCUGCAGAAAGCAAUAACAACUGCCACACCUUGGAAGUGUGGCCUGCACUAUGUUCUCAGUUUAUUAAGCACUCAGGAGAAUGUAGGAAAGACUAACUUUGCUACAGUUUUGUUCUGUAUCUGAUAACUUUGAGAGAUGUGUAUUGAAUACUGGUUUACAGUAGCUUUUGUAUUUUUAAUUACCAUUUUUGUGUCAAAAGCCUUCCAAAAAUACUUUUCUUCAGCACCAGGCAUGUUACCAUAUUUUUAUGUUUUUGUAAGAACCAUAGGUGAAGAUUCUACCUAGGCCAAAAUAAUCAUUUGCAACACAGUGGAGAAGUGACUGAAGUCACUUGACUAUGAGUUUUUGGACACUACGUGAAUUAGUAGUUUUAUAUCCUUUAAAUUACUGUGCCAGUGCUGGUUGGAAAGAUUAAGUCUGACUUUAUUAAAUAGGUAUUUAUUUAGCAUUCAAAUAAUUUGUGAAUUUGUUUUGUAUUUAUAAAACUUUUACUUUGAGGAUGAAAAAAUCUUUUGCUUUCUUUGUGUUUUGUUUAUACAUGUUAUGAACAAUUAAUUGUCUUCUAUCAGUUCUUCUAGCAAAAAUGUAACUUGCAGAACUAUGUUUCUACAUCUUUUUAGCAUAUAAGAAAAAUGAAAUGCAAUCUUUCUGUAAGUACUUUUUUUUCUGUAUACUAAGCAAUAGAUCAUUCUUGGUUGAAGCUGGGAAUGAAUAUCAGGAAUUGUCCUGGGCCCCAAGAUAAAUCAGCAGCAUCUCUUCAAUGAUGUGUGUUAUCCUCAUGUUUCAAAAUGUUUCAGUAUCCAACUGCUUAAUGUCCUUAAAAUUUACCAUGCUUUUCAGAAGAUGUCUUUAGUACAACUGCCUUUAUUUAUUUAUAUUCUAAAAUGUUGUAUAUUUAGUAAAAAAAAAUGUUCAGAAA